CCCCCUUCAUCCCCCUUGAAGAUAGGCGAGACUCUUGGGGGUCAAGGGAUAAAGAGAACCAGAGAAAACAAAUACGAUCACUUAGUUCCAACACUUGAUGAGUACUUUUGAAGAUUGGGGAGCUUCUUUUUUGAGGGGAAUGUUGUCUGGCUCGAGGACACUUCUCUAGCUAGUUCCAUACACGUCGAUCUACUAUUUCUUACAAUGGAUUGAGUUUGUGUUUGUGUCGUCGGACCAGGCUUCAUUCCCCCCAAUUAUUGCUUCCAUGGAGAUCACAGAUCAUGGUGAAGGUUUGGUGUUACUACUUUUCUUUCCUCUUUCGGUAAAAUUUUGUGGUUUUAGAUGGUAGAUCUUUCCUUUUUAGAGCAAUUAGGCUGCUAGUGAAGUGCAGAUUGGCGCAAUCAUGAAGCGUUUGACCUUUCUCAAUCUUUCUCAUGAUGAUUUUCCAGUUCCUGAUCUGUCUGUUUCUGGAAGAAAAAACUUGGGUAAACAUUCUUUUCCUCUCUCUUUCUUAGGGUUUCAAUAUGUAAAGCUCUGCUCUGAGGGUCUGGAAAUAAAAAUCUUUACUUUCAAGCACGUAUAGAUGCAAGAAACACUUGCCCUUUUCUUUCACUGUGUGCGAACUCAAAACUCAAGUAAGUAUUGUGUCCCCUAAAGAUAUCUAAUUCAUAGAAGUCUUUUUUUUUAGAAGGUAAGUAGAGAUUUAAUUUUUAAAAUAUAUGUGUCUAUAUUGGUUAAUCAGCCUUUACGUAUAUACUUAAAUAUCAUUUUACUGGUGUUUUGCAUAGAAAAGAAAAUUAAAUGCAUCGAGUUUUGAAAGUUAUCUGGUAAAGUAAUAAUUUUGAAUAAAAGGAGAUCUUUUGUUGAUUUUUUCCACUUGUUAUAUAUACACUCCGAAUAAUUAACAGAUUGAUGAAUAUGUUGAGUGGCUUUUUACACUAGGCAAUAUUUGACAGCUCUUGUAAAGAAAAAAGGUCCGUAAAGGCUGUUCUGGCUACUAGAAAUCCAGAUGCCCUAAGCUUUCUAUCUCCUUAUCUCAAAACUAAAACCUUAAUUAAUAUUUUCGGAAUCUUCCAUUUUAGGUUUAUCGAAUUAGCUGUUGCUUUGUGUUAGAUUUCAUGUUGACUAUGUUUAAUAAUCAGAGUCAAGAGAGUUAGAUACAUGAAUGGGUGGGUGCAUUUCACCAUCAUCAAUGUGGGAAAUGCAUUGCUCCUCCAUGUUUUGGAACAUUCAGGACAUCAUUAAUUAAAGGUAGCUAUUCCUGGUGUUUUUGCUUUCUUUAGUACUACUACUAAUUCCCUAUGUAUGAAUUUAGUGAAUGCAAA